AUGAGGAAACAAGCAGCUGAAAUACAAGCCAAUUGUCCCAAGUGUGCAAAGAUACCCUCCACCGAGGAAUCAUUCACCAUCUCGUUUGCGGAGGAUUGGAGGGCUCCAUACUUGGCAUCCUUCAUCAACGGAGUCUUGCCAACCAAUCCCAAGCAUGCACGCAAGCUCAAAAGGACAAUGAAAAGAUACUUCAUAGAUGGGUCAACUCUUUACUGCAAGGGGUUUAAUGGUGAGCCAUUAAAAUGCUUGGGAAAGUCAGAAGCACAGCAAGUCAUGCAAGAGAUUCAUGCUAGAGAAUGUGGUGAGCACCAAGGAAUGAAGAGGCUUUACUGGCAGCUGUUGAGUGUUGGGUAUUAUUGGCCUACAAUGAAGAAUGAUGCAUACAACUUUGUGAAGAGGUGCCACACAUGCCAAGUUCAUGCCAACUUAAGUCACAAGCCUCCCACGCUGCUGCAGGACAUGCGCACUCCUUGGCCCUUUCAUACUUGGGGGCUUGAUUUGAUCGGGACUAUCCAUCCACCAUCCGACGGCUACAUAUGGAUCCUCACAGCCACCGAAUAUUUCACAAAGUGGGUUGAGGCGGUUCCUCUGCGGAAGGCCACGGGGGCUGCCAUCGCCAAUUUCAUCCGUGAAUAUAUCUUAUGUAGAUUUGGGAUCCCAUAA